GUAGGAUUAAAAUAUCUUUACCAUUUUCGAAUCCCAGUCUUUCUGUUAGUUAUUAUUGCCUAUGUUGCCACAAUACUUGGGAAUUUGCUGAUCAUUGUAUUAGUAUCAACCAACCAUCAUUUUCAGUCCCCAAUGUAUUUCUUCCUAAGUCAUCUUUCUCUCUGUGAUAUCUUAAUUAGUACAAAUGUUACCCCAAACACUCUACAAGUUAUACUCAGAGGAGAGAGUGUUAUUUCUUUCAGUAAUUGCCUCACACAACUGUAUUUCUUUGGUGCCUCAGCUAUUAUAGAGUGCUGCCUUCUCACAAUAAUGUCCUAUGAUCGAUACUUGGCUAUCUGUAACCCAUUGCUCUACAACUCUAUUAUGAAGCACAACCUUCCUCGUUAUUUGAUUCUUUGGCCAUGGUUGGCUGGACUUCUGCUGGCUAUGAUAACAAAUAUACUAUUAUUUGAGUUAUACUUCUGUGGUCCAAAUAUCAUCAAUCACUUCUUCUGUGAUAUCGCUCCUCUACUAGAACUUUCUUGCUCUGAUACAUCAGCUGUGGAAAUUCAUGCAUCCAUUGUGGUAACUGUUAUGGUUAUUUCUCAGGUGUUAUUUGUAAUAGCAACAUAUAUUUGUAUUUUUUAUUCCAUUCUCAAUAUUUCAUCUAACAUUGGAAGACAGAAGGCUUUUUCUACCUGCAGUUCUCAUCUAGGUGUGGUAUCUACAUAUUAUGGAACACUUAUUGCUCUUUAUUUGGCUCCAUCAAGGGGACAUUCAUUGACUUUGAACAAAGUCUUGUCACUGCUCAACACAGUAGUUACUCCUUUGUUUAACCCCAUUAUAUACAGUCUCAGGAACAAGGAAAUUAGAAUUGAAACUGUUAAAUUAUUAUCUAAGGGCAAGAAAUAA